UACUUCUAAACACGGCGCUCCCCGGAGCUCAAGCCAUCGAAAAGAGAUCGCCACACCUGAAUGAGCGUCAAUCGCGUUUCAGUUGACUACUGAAAAAGGUUGUUUCUCGCCUAGUUAAGAAAGAGAAAAAGGUGUAAAACUGCCUCUCACCCUGCAGGGCCAGUGGAAAGUACGACUCGCAGGGUGACUUUGAAUAGAAAGGAUUCAGCAGUGACUCUUAGCAUGAGUACAGAUACUCUACCACCGCAGUGCAUGGACACCUCUCUGGUACGGCCCGGGGGCUCGGCUCUGCGAUUCCUCGACGUAGGGUCCCACCACUAUCACGCUCACCAGAGUCUAGGGACGGUGCCCGGCUUCAGCAUCCCUACGCCUGCCUACUCUGCCGCCACACACUCGGCUGCCGAGACCACCGCGCUCAGCUCGGGCUUAUCUGAUAGCACGGGGAUGACGCUGAACAUGAAUUCCUACGGCAUGGACACCUCUCAUAUGACGAGUACAUUGAAGUUGAGUCCCCCUCAUCAUAUGGCGAGCGAGCACCAGAGUUCAGGGCAGCCGAAUUUCAGCAGUCAGACACAUAAUGGGUAUGUACCUCACUCUCAUGCUCCCCAUCAUUCAUCGCAUCAUAGCAUGAGCAGCUACCCCGCCCCGCAGCCGUUCGCAACCUCCAGGGAUUACCUCAUCCGAAGGGACCCCCUCGCUGGGACCACCAUGCCCCCGUUCAAUGGACUAUCAUCACACGAUCCUAUGCCCACCAACACGGCGAGUCACCAUAGCAUGUUCCCGACAAGCAGCUCCCUGCAUCACGGGCACCACGCCGACACAGGCUCCGCUCAUGUCAUCUUCCCCAGUUUCCACGAUCAAACCGCCAGUUCUAUGAACGGACAGAUGAGACUUGGACUAACGUCGGACAUGAGAUCGGACCAGUUCAACCACCACAUGUCUGCACCCAGAAACGAUUACCUAACAACACCACAACUCCACAAUCACCAUAUGAACAUGAACAUGAAUAUGAACAUGGGACCCCCGCACCACCCCGCCGCCCACCACGGUCCGCACCACGCCGCGUUCUUCCGCUACAUGCGGCAGCCCAUCAAGCAAGAACUCAGUUGCUUAUGGAUAGACCAAGACUUACCUGAACCCAGAAAACCCUGCAAUAAAACAUUCACCACCAUGCACGAGAUUGUGACACACAUAACUGUCGAACAUGUUGGAGGGCCAGAGCAGACCAACCAUACCUGUUUUUGGCAGAAUUGUUCUCGAGAACAGAAGCCGUUUAAAGCCAAGUAUAAGCUGGUAAAUCAUAUUCGUGUGCAUACAGGAGAGAAACCCUUCCCCUGCCCGUUCCCCGGGUGUGGGAAGGUCUUCGCUAGGUCGGAAAACCUCAAGAUUCACAAAAGAACACAUACAGGUGAGAAACCCUUCAAGUGUGAGUUCGAGGGAUGUGAUCGUCGUUUUGCCAACUCCAGCGACCGUAAGAAACAUUCUCACGUGCACACCUCGGACAAGCCCUACAACUGCCGAGUCAGGGGAUGCGACAAGAGCUACACACAUCCGAGCUCCUUACGCAAACACAUGAAGGUGCACAGCAAGUCACCGCCGCCACCCUUUGAAGAAGCCAACGACAGCAGUAGCGAGCCCUCUCCGGCGGGUUCGUCGGAGCAUAACAGCCAGGCUGUCGGAGGUGGUGGCAGCGGUGGGAUCCCGGGAGGAGCGGGAGCUGGUGCAGGCAGCGGCGGUGGCUCGAUCACGGCGUCGAGCCUGGCGACGAACGCGGGAACGAACUUGAGUGAAUGGUACGUCUGCCAAAGUGCGGGAGGGAUGCCGACCCCGCCAAGUAAUGAGCCAUCCCCGGUAGGGUCGGGAGCCAAUAACCAUGGUCCGAGUGUAGGGUCGACACUCUUGACCCAUUCUGCAGGGCUAGGUCGGGCACCCCACUCAGGAUCGUCAUACCCGUGACCUAGGGUUAGCUGACGAGUCAAAAAUCUGGACAUUUACAACUUUUUGCCAAAAUACUAUUAUAUAUAUAUAGCAUUGACUCAAUGGAAAAUUUGUCUCCGAUCGAUAUUAUCGAUUCUCUCUUCAUAAAAUUGUAACAAAACGGUAACGGUAUCAUUGUGAUACAUUUCAUAAUACCUAUUGCCAUUUAAUUGGCACUCUGUUAUUAUUUGCCAGUCUCCUUUCCUUCCUGUGUAUCUCCCUGUCUCCCUCUCUUUCUCUCUCUCUCUCUCUCUUUGUCUCCUUUUUGUCCCCCCCCCCCUCCUCUAUCUCUUCCUCCCUCAUUUAUCCUUCCUCUUACCUUUCUCUCUUUCGUUACAACAAAGUGUUUCCUUAACUAUGUUGACUGUCAUACAAAGAUAUUUUGACUUAUUUAUUGCCUUCUUCAUUUUACAUUUAACUCGAAAGACUCAAUCAUAUAGAUAAAUUUAUUAUUCGCCUUAAAUUAUUUAAAAAAUUAAACUUUGAUACCUCAAAAGUGACUUUCGAAAGUCAUGUCAUUAAAUACAACUCAUCCAUGUCGGGUUUGGACUUCUAAAGCAUGUUUGAAAAAAGCCAGGGUUUGUAGUGAUUUUCGAUAAUAAGUAUUUUCAUAUUCAUAUGAAAAGUAGAUUUGUGACCAUGGCAACAAUAAAUUGUUUGUAAUUCGGGCUUGACGACAUUUUUAAGUUAAACUAAACGAAUCAAGCCAGAAAUACACUCAACAACAAUAAAAGUGGAAUCUCUUUAUUGU